AUGAGUUCAUCUUACCAAAAUGAUAUGUUCAAAGGCUACAGUCCUGUUGCAGCUUCAGUAAAAAGAUACAAAAAAAAUUCGAAGGGUUCAUAUUAUUUAGCAUAUUCAGUUCAUCGAGAUUAUUAUGAUUCCAAUAGUGAUUUACCUGAGUCUGAAUACCAUGCAGCCUUGCAACCGAUUGAUUGCUUCCAAGACCCAGAAAAAAGAUUGAAUUUAAAGUUUCAUUUAACAUGCAAAGAUUCUGAUGGAUGCAUUCAAAAGUCACAAGAUUCAGUUUAUGAAAUGAAAGAACUAUUUCGAUCAAGUUUACUUGGACAGUUAGGAAUAUCAACUACACGAGUUGCUGAUAUCGACUUUAAGUUUCAGAAAGAAGUGAUUGAAGCUGAUGUUACUUUUUUCGAAGCCCCGCAAAUCUCUGAGGUUCUACCAUAUGUGGUUAGAUCAGCGAGACCAGAGUCCAUCAGCAAAUUACGCGAGACUGUUGCUGGUAGCGCUGAGAAGUGUCUACAAUAUCAUUCAUCAUUCGUUGCCUCUGGGGCAUUUAAUAUUCCAAGUGCUAUAAUCUAUUGCCAGAAGGGAAAUAUUUGUUUCACUACUACGAACACGACAGAGAUGAACCACGAUAGCAAGGAAACUUCCUGUUAUAUUUACACCGAUCCAUUUAAAAAACUGAAUAGAUUAGGUCGAGAAAAGCCUUUAUCAGAUUUACAUGAUCAUAUACUUGGUUACUUUGGACACAUAACAUUUAACAUGAAUCUUGGUGAAAAGGCCAAAGCAGUUGCUUUUCAAGUAACCGAUGUCAUUGAUCAAAGCGAAGGGGCUAAAAAGCAGAAAAUACCAUUUGAAUCUUUAUAUCAUAACAGCCAAUUCGAUGAAAUAGAUGGUGUUCAUACUGUCAUGAUUCCUGGAGUCAAUCGUUUUGGUGACUGUUAUCGUGCCUGUUCUCAGAAUGAAGAUAUACCUUGUGAAACAUUCUCGUUUUGUAACCGAAAAGAUAAGAAGGAAUGUGUUGUAUCGAUUUGGUCGGAAUUGCAGAUAAAAAAUAAUCUAACAAGUGAUUCGGGUUGUGAAAUUUAUUCAAAGAAUCAUUUGUACGACUAUAAUGUUCGACCUAAUUUGAAAUACAAGCAUCCAACUACAGUGUUUAAGGAUACGCGUGAAGAUGAUUGUGCUGCGAAAUGCUAUGCUUCCAACGAUUGUGAUUCAUUUGAACAUUGUUGGGGUGGAAAGUGUUCUUUUGGUGAUAAUGUGACCUCAGAAGAUACAGAAUUUUAUUACGGCUGUUUUAUUUAUACUAUCAAAAGCUCUGAAAAAUACAAAGUAACUGGAACGAAGCUUGUAAGUCAAGUCUUAUACACAGAAGUUGAUUUAGAUUUGGGAUCAAUGUGCAGCUAUUUGUGAUGAUGAUCAAUCAUGGUAAAUCAUUCAACUUCUGUCCUAAAGGGAAAGCACCCGCUCAAUGUCAAAUAACUUCACAUUCAAUUAAAGAUCCCAAGACGGAAUCAGUGGAAUCAUCCAUUUGUCAUAACUUUGAAUUAUCCGUCAAAUCAAAAGCAGAUGCACUUUCCGAUAAUAUUCAGAAAAGCAGAAUUUCUGGAUUCAGUGGUGGAGGAGUUGUUGGUAUAAUUAUGAUGUUCUUAUUUAGCGGCCUUUUCGCUGGUUUUAUCUGCCCUUAUGUGUACACUAAAGUCAAAUCAAGAGAU